AUGACCCGUGCAUUUAUUAGUUUGGAAUUCGUUUGCCUUGAAGGAAAAAUACUCAUUACUAAUUUUAUUAUCAACUUGCAGUCGUUGAAGACUUAUAUUUGGCUUCAGUGCUUUGAUGGAUCCAUACAGCAAGUGGAGGAAGAGGUUGCCAUGUUCUGCCCUAUGAUAUGUCGAGAAAUUGUCAAAAAUGGAACAGGAUCAUCCAAAAAUCAUGCUAUUGCUCUCCCAGAAAGAGUUAAUCCAUCAAGUUUGAGUUUGAUUCUUGACUAUUGUCGGUUUCAUCAAGUCCCAGGGCGCUCCAACAAGGAGCGGAAGUCAUUUGAUGAGAAGUUUGUUAGGAUAGACACCGAAAAACUUUGUGAGCUGACAUCUGCAGCUGACAGUCUUCAAUUAAAGCCAUUGGUUGAUCUUACUAGUCGAGCACUUGCUCGAAUCAUUGAAGGGAAGACACCUGAGGAAAUCCGUGAUAUUUUUCAUUUACCAGAUGACUUAACGGAGGAAGAAAAAUUGGAGCCACUGAAAAAUAUAAACGAUGAUCCCAGGAUUCGCUUAUUGAAUCGAUUGUAUGCAAAGAAACGGAAAGAACUACAGGAGCGCCAGAAACUAAAGGAUAUUCAGGUACAGCAAGAGCAAAAGGAUGAGCGAUCUUUGGACGAGUUACUUUGUUUUAUAAAUGGGGAUGGAGGUUCUGGAGGUGGGAAAGCUGGUAAGAAUAAGAAAAAGAACAAGAGAAGGAAGGAUCCGAAGAACCUCCCAAAGGCUGACCCUGAACAUGUAAAUAAGGAGGAAGGUGCCCGUGCGGUACCAUGCAAUGCGGGUGCUGUUAAUAAUAUUUCUAGAGCUCCUUGCCCAAGUUCAGAUGUGCAAGAUGAUAAUGAGUACCCCUUUGAAGAUGGUGAUCUUGAUGAUGGACUUGAUCCUGCAAUGCAGGAAGAGCUUGAUAGGGAAGUUGAAGAUUUCGCUAGGAGGCUGAAUUCUGUUUGGCCUGAAAGAAUGCAUUUGGGUCAAGAAAGAAGAAUUGAGUCGCAGCUGAUUGGUGGUAAUGGUUCUCUGCAGAGAUUUUCUGGUAAUUUUUUCCAUAUAGAAUAG